UCUCCCAGACACAGAUCGCAAUCGAUUUUCUGCGAAAACGGUGAUCUAACGAGGGCGGGACCGUGGGCGGGGUUUAUUCCAGUCCGCCCUGCGCUUUGACCCACCGCGGCAUUAUCCUGCGGUAUACGGCGCGGGACAAACGUGAUCGCUUCUAUAGGUCAACUACACCGUAUAAGAAUACCGUAGAUUGAAUAUAUUGUAGAUUAGGUAUGCCAUAGAUCAAUAAAAUUAUAGAAGUAAUGUAGAGACAGUGAAACAAUGUUCGGAGACGAGCAGGGUUGCGCGCCGGACGCUCUUUACGACGACUCUUCGCUGUCCGACGGCAGCUUAUACGCCAGCGACCAGGAGAACAGCACUCCAAGAAAGAGAUGCGAGCGGCGUCUGCUACGUCGGCGCUGCCCGGCGCAACAGCAGCAGCAGCGGCAGGCGGCGAACCUGCGCGAGCGCCGCCGGAUGCAGUCAAUCAACGACGCGUUCGAGGGCCUCCGAGCACACAUCCCAACGCUGCCCUACGAGAAACGCCUGUCGAAAGUCGACACGCUCAAACUGGCGAUCGGCUACAUCAGCUUCCUCGGCGAACUGGUUCGCGCGGACCGCAGCGCACCGGAGUCGAUGCUGGCGGGAGUCACCAACGCGCAGCACUGCACCAACAACAAGAAGGUCAUCGUCAGAGGCAGCAGUUGCCAGGCGCACUCCCUGUCGUGGUCGCGUCGGGGUGAGCGGCCUCCGGGGUCCACGCUGCACGCCAAGAUCUGGGUCCCUGAAGACCCCAGAAUAUUCGGCGCCUGCGACACCACCAACGUCAUCGACAAAGAGGAGCUAAGAUAGACUAUGUGAUCUCUAUGCCUCAUUUUUGCACUUUGCAAUAGGUAAUCAAGAUUCAAAAAAUACCAAAAGAAUAAAAUA